AUGGAAGGACGGGAACACGUGCUGUCGGUGUUGACAAAAAAUUUUGAAGGAAAUUUGCGGUCUCUGGUAGAUUUCAGACAAAUUGUAGACGAACACAAACUCUACAACACACAGAAAGCAAGUCAAAUUCAAGAUGAGAUCAGUAAAAUCAACUCUGGUCUAAAUGCAGCUAAAUCCAGAGUUGAGAGUCUAGUACUACUGAAUGAUCUUCUCAGCCAGUGUAGCACAGAAACUCUGUCACAGUAUGCCAUCACUUGGACACGCCUUCUCAUACAGAUUAUCAAGGGCUAUGCUCCAGCCAGUAUUCACAGACUGGCUUGUUGUGUACUAGGAAGUCUUGCAGAGAAGUCCUCCACUUGCCCCGAGUUGGCUCGACAGGUUGCCCUUGACUCGUUGCCCCAUCUCAUUCCUGCCCUGCUUGCUAUGAAGGAAGAGAGUUUAGAAGCAGCCUUGUACUGUAUUGGGAAGUGUAUGCAGUUCUAUCCAGGACCUUGUGGCACUUUUAAGGUUAUAACAUUUUAUAUUAUAUAUUUUAAACAUGAAUCGGAAUAUAUUUGA